AUGGCACAAGCAGGUCAACAUCUUUCAAAACUUUUAGCAUCGUCAUUCAAAGCAGCACCACCAUCAUCGGUGCCAGAGAUUGUCAUCAGUAAGUUGGAUGGUUUGGUCAAUUGGGCACGUACCGGUUCAUUGUGGCCAAUGACAUUCGGUCUUGCCUGUUGUGCAGUAGAGAUGAUGCAUGGUUAUGCUGCUCGUUACGAUCUUGAUCGUUUCGGUAUCAUUCCUCGUGCCUCUCCACGUCAAUCCGAUUGUAUCAUCGUUGCCGGUACCCUCACCAACAAGAUGGCUCCUGCCUUACGUAAAGUCUACGAUCAAAUGCCAUUACCAAGAUAUGUUAUUUCUAUGGGUAGUUGUGCAAAUGGUGGUGGUUAUUAUCAUUACAGUUAUUCAGUAGUUAGAGGUUGCGAUCGUAUUAUUCCAGUCGACGUUUAUAUUCCAGGUUGUCCACCAACUGCUGAAGCAUUCGUCUAUGGUGUAUUACAAUUACAAAAGAAGAUUAACAGAGAACAAGCUUUAUUGACAUGGUGGAGAAAGUAA